AUGGGCCUCGAGGAUUUGGGACUGAGCGAGAGCACUGCCUCGAUGAUCGUGUGGGCCUUGCGCGCGCUGCUGCCAGUACUACUCUUUCUUAUAUGGUACGCCACGCAGCCCCCGGAGCCCAAGCAAUGUUAUGCCCGCGGCCAGCUUCUGGCUGUGCGCCAGGCGUUGCUCAGCGCGGGCCUGGUGCCUGCCCCGGAGCUCGCGUCUCUGCGCCUGGACGCCGUGAAAGCGGCGACACGCCAGGACGCUCGACCCACCCGGAGGCCAAAGGCAGAGCCCAAAGAGCCGAAGGCAGAGCCAAGGGAGGUGAAGGAGCCAAGGGAGGUGAAGGAGCCAAGGGAGGUGAAGGAGCCAAGGGAAGUGAAGGAGCUGAAGGAGGUGAAGGCAGAGAGGCAGCCGAAGGAGCCAAAGGAGCAAGAGACGAAGGAGCAGAAGGAGCUGCCACAAGAGUCAGAGAGUGAGGAGGCGUCCGAACUGGCGCCCAAAGAUCUAGAGUCUUUCUUGAACUUUGUGGCCUUCAAGCACAAGGAGCAUCCUCAACGAGUCUUCCUGCCAAGAGACAGUCCACCGCCACCCCGGGCUUGCAACGUCAAGGCGUCGCCCGAGGAGGAGCAGCAGGAGAACCUGGCGGCACAGCGGCUUCUGAAGGGCUUGAAGAUCAAUGACCACGGCCUGGACAGCUCCAAAGUCAUGCAGGCUCUCACUGAGAAGAUGAAAGCUGCUGGCAUGAGCCUCUCCAAGGAGACUUACUUGUCAUUGAUACGGCUAUGUGUCGAAACCAGGAACCUACGUGAAGCUGGGCGCUUCCUUGGUGAGAUGGAGUCGUGCGGCCACAAAGCCGAUGAGGAAAUGACAGACCAGGUCAUUGCACUCUAUGCUGCCAGAAGCAGUGCGGCAUGA